UCGUUUGCUCGUCAUUAUUGGAAUUGAUUCCGAGACGAGCGUGUGUUUGCUAUUGUUACGAAUCAAGCUAAAGAAGCGAUGCGAAUUCGCUUAGCAUACAAAAGAAAGAUAAGGUUUUACUGCGCGACAGUCAGUCAGUCAGCUAGUUCUAUUGAUGUGAUGUGAAUAGCGAGGAACAAAAAAACAACAACACGCCAGGUUUCAGAUAAUGUAAUCGGUUGUUGAAUGUUUUGCUGUCGCACGCCAUUAUGUUUGGGUGUGAAUUUUGAAGCUUUGUUGAUGUUUGUGGCUAUUAUUGUGGCUAGCAAACCGCGUGUUUGCAGAGGUUAUAAAUCGAUUACAGUUGAAUCGUUUGAUGGGAGCUGCAUAAUAAUUGUAUCAUGUGUAAUAAUUACAAUUAUCCCCCUUAAUGUACAACCCGUCGAACGAUUUAAUCCCGAGGUCAAUUGUAAUGGAGGCCGAUCAGCAUAAUUUAAUUUAACGCUGCUCAUCACUCAUCGUAAAAUUAUUGUAUGCCGGUUAGGGAACGGCUCGAUUCGUUUUAAUACCAUUUCGCACCAUACAAUGCUGUUAUAAUUGGCGCAACUCACCGACGCCAAUGGAGCAUGUCGUGUGUUAGUUUAAAUCAAGCCUAAAGGAAAAACGAAUCCAAAACCCGAUCAUUAUGAAAAGGGGUAGUGAAAGUUUAUGUUUAAUUUUCAUCGCGUUCUAAGCGUACGGUGCGCGCAACAGGUCCUCAUAUGCUCGACCGUACGUGAAAAGGCUCGCCUCCCGUAGGUGGAAGAAGACCGGCUACGGAUGUUUUGCACAAUUUUGAAUGCGACCCCUAAUGGGCACGUUGAGGGGUUUAAUGUGAUGCGGCUUGAUGUGCCGCUCGACCGACAUCCUUGCGUGGUUGUGUGUGAAUGGUGAAAUAAGCUCAAGUGAAAUGCAAACGGCAAAUACGCACAUCAUCCCGGCAGAGAAGAUGUUAUCGUACGCCAUACAUUGUGCAUGUCAAACAGGACAUGUGAGUGAGCGACCAGGCGUCCGCUUUUUUUGUUGUUCCCUUUUCCCUUUUUGCUUGCCGAGCUUUCCGCUUCAUACUUCCGUAGCAUGGGGCUUAUCGUGUCCCUUUUUAUUUCCUCUGUGCAUCUGUCCUUGGGGAAAGCGCGUGCUGAAACAUGGGGCAGAUCAUCGUCGACAAGCCGCAGACCUACCAUUUUAUGUGUUGUCGAAGCAAACAAACAAAUGUCUAAUUAUUUCCUCCGUCAAGCGACUCGCUCUGUACCGACUCACUGCUUCUGGCGAAUAGCUGUGGCAGUAGCAGCAGUAGUAAGCGAAAAAAUCAUGCAGCACAAUUCGUAUGUUUGUGUCAUUAACAAUUAUCUUCCCGGCUUUUCCACGGUGAACACAGAAGCGAUGGGUCGCCGAACAACCACAUCAUGUCGCUGUGUCGUACAAUCGUUAUCGUGGCCGUAUCUUCGGUCCAUCACAACCAUCCGUCUAUCCGUCCAUCCAGUACGCCCGUCUUUUGUUGGCUUGAUGCCGGGAGGGACCAGUUGUGCUGUUGUGUGCACCGUUUCAUAUUAAUUAAAUAAGACGGAAGCCAAAAUGCGGCACACCGUUCGUAGUCGUCGGCCUUGCGGAAAAAACCGGGCACACGGUAAAAGAAGGAAAACAUAACUCAGGGAAGAGUGGGCCUGAACCAGUUGCUGGUGGUCCAGUGCACACUAAUACUAGCAAAGCAAGCUGGCAAGCAGGGAAAAAAGGGGCUCGUCUUCUGCGUUUGAAAGGAAAAUUGGAAAAAAUGAGCAACUUGUUGUUUUUUUUUGCGUUCGGCGCCUUAUCUGGGAGAAGGUACGAUACCCGACGAAGUAAAUAGCUCUCUGGCUUCUUUUACUGGCCUCGUGUCAGUGUGUGCGAGUGGUUACUUUCUUCUCGUUACUACUACCACCGUGUAAAAUGUGGUGCUGAUUUGAGUUUUUCUUUAUUGUAUUUUCCUAAGCAUUGCUUGAACUUGAUCUUUGCUUGAUGAAAGUCGUAAUUUGAAAUUAUUUUUUAUGCUUUAAUUUGAAGUUCAUAUUUCACCCUUUUCAUUCAUUUAAGUCUCUUUUAGUCCUUCAAAUUAUUUAUUAUUUUUUAUCAAUUUUAUAAAAUAUGUUUUGAAUUAUUUAAAAUGAAACAACCGAUUUUAUUUUCAAGUCCGUCUGUAUUGGUACACAUCUAGCAGGCCGGUGAUUCGUGGUGAUGCUGCUGCUGCUGCUUCUGCCGAUGUAUUUGCCUGAGCAAAAGAUCACGCCAGAGAGCAAGAAAGCGCAAAACAACCAUAAAGCAUGGCAACACUGUGCCUCAGUACGCUUUAUGUAUGUGUGUGUGCGUCUGUGCGAGUUUGAGAGCGAAAACCCCUGUUGGCACUGCUGGCAAGACUCCGAGACGCGUGAGAGAUAAAUACUUUAAAUUGAAUCAAUUUCGGGCGCGUACAACCACCGACCACCACCACACACGCGCCAUUGCGAGUCGGCUAGCCAGUGUGUUGCUGUGUGUAAUGGUCGGUGUGUACAGUCGCAGUAGGCCACGCGUCUGGCCGGUGUGUUGGUGUGUUGUAUUCGCUUGCGUCGAGCACAGUUGGCCGUGCGAUGUAGAGCCGCAAAUCGGUGGCGAGCGAGCAGUGCGUGUUGUUUCCCCGGUGCUAGAAUCAUUAUCGCAAACAGCAUUUUGUCCAACAAGUUUGGUUAGUGUCAUUUAACAGGUGGUACGUGUAAUAAAGGGUUUGGUGAAGUAAUUAUUACACCUGAAGCAAUAGAACACUGUUUCACAGCGCAUAGGGCGAACUUGACAGGUGUCAUCACGACUGAGAACGGAUAUCUUGGAAUCGACCAAACGAAGUGAGUUGCAGUGAGAAACACUCCGGAUACGGAACGGAAGCCACCAAACCCGAUCAAAAAUGUCCAGACCUUCGUCGUUAGGUGGAUCGGAUGAGGAGGAGCAAACCAAUUACCACACACCGGAUGAAACCGGUCUAACGAAAUCGCAAAAGGUGGCCCUCAUCGCGGCCUGGAGUAUCGUCAAGAAGGAUCUGGUAACGCACGGUCGGAAUAUUUUUGUGAUGUUCUUUGAGGAGUAUCCACAGUAUCUGGACUACUUUGAUUUUUCCACCGGCAGCGUGGCCGAACUCGGGGAAAACCGAUCCCUCCAUGCGCAUGCACUGAACGUGAUGAACUUUAUCGGUACGCUCAUCGACUACGGACUUAACGAUCCCGCACUGCUGAAGUGUAGCCUAUCGAAGCUGGUACGGAAUCAUCGGAAGCGAAACGUUACCAAAGAGGAUGUCGGUGCCGUCGGAGGCGUUAUUAUGCGUUACUGCUUGAAAGCCCUCGAGCAACAUCGAACGAAAACGCUGGAGGAAGCGUUUGGAGCAUUCCUGGGGACUGUGGCGGCCGCGUUCGAGUGAGCGCCCUCACAACUGUUCCUAGUGUUCAGAGUCAGUCAUCAUUACCGUUUGUGUUAUCAUCCUUCUCAUCAUCAACCUAUCACCAUCUUCACCAGCAUCUGCGGAUCGGAGAGACUCCUCUAACGAGAUCAACGAGACAACAAAAACCCUCCCCAAAUCGCUGUUGUCCAACAAUUAUCUUGAUCAGGGUCGUCAGGGCGUCAAAACAUUAAAAUCACGUCCUAUAACUCUCCGCAAAAUGUUGGAAGUACACAUUCACACACACACACACAUCGUCGUCACACAGCGAGACCUAUACUGCUGCUCUCUAGCAAAGAAAGGACAAGAAAAACAUUCCUAUGUGGUGCAGACGUGAGGCUUUUUAUGAUCAGCGUAGAAUAAAAUUUGAGUAUAGUAUACUGUA